AUGCCCGGCCUUGUGCAGAAUGUGCGGAAGCGCCCGGCGAUCGCGCUGAGCGAUGACGACGAAAACGAACAAUCCGAUCGAUCCUCCGUAUCUAUGGGCAGCAAACGCGCUCGUCAUGGUCGCGACGCGUCCGAAAGCCCGCCUCAAACGAACGGCCACCGCAGCCACGACCGCCCGGGUACCCUAUCAGCCGACGACGAGUUCCCACCUGGCACACUUGUCCGAGUCAAGCUAAAGAAUUUUGUCACAUACACGGCUGCCGAGUUUCACUUGGGGCCCAGUCUCAACAUGAUCAUUGGACCCAACGGAACAGGAAAGAGUACACUUGUCUGUGCUAUAUGUCUGGGUCUUGGAUGGUCAAGCGAGCAUUUGGGUAGAGCAAAAGAACUCGGACACUUCGUGAAGAAUGGUAGUGACGAGGCUAUGAUUGAGAUUGAACUUGCCGCAGGUCCUGGAAUGAAGUCGAAUCCAGUUGUACGCCGAAUGAUUCGCAAGUCAGAUGGCAAAUCAAUCUUCUGGAUCAACGGCAAGAAUGCAGGCAAGAACACUGUGUUGUCAUUAUGCAAACAAUUCUCAAUUCAGAUCGACAAUCUUUGUCAGUUUCUGCCCCAGGACCGAGUUGUGGAAUUCGCAAGGAUGUCAGAUGUGGACCGUCUAAGAGAGACUCAGCGUGCUGCAGCCCCAAAGCACAUGGUGGAGUGGCACGACAAAUUGAAAGAGCUUCGCACCGAGGAGAAAGGGUUGGAGGUUAGGCAACAGAAUGAGAAGCGUCAUCUGGAAGGCCUCGAAAAGGCACAGAACGCGGAUAGAGACGAUGUCGAACGUUUCCAUCAGCGCGAGGACCUCUUGCAAAAGUCUAAAUGUUUGCAAAAGGUCAGGCCUAUCAUCGAGUUGAGCCUGCGCAAGAACAAUAUAAAUCAGGCGAAGAAAGAUCUACAGCAUGCCAGACGAGAGCUCGACCAGAUCGAAGCAGAGGUUGAACCAGUCCAGCAAGCCCUAGACGAAGUGAAAGCGUACAAAGACCAAGUCGAGCAAGUUGUCAAGCUCCGCCAGAACCGCGUCGACGCGACCAAGGCACAGGCAGAUAAGGUUUUUGUCAAAAUCGACAAAGACAAAGGGGCUAUCAGUGGAUUCUCUGCUCAGAUCACUGCUGAGGCCAAUUCCAAGAAAGAGCGUGCCAAGGAUAUUGCACGCAUGAACGCCGAGAUACAACGCCUGGAUCGACAGAGACAAGAACAGCCUGUGGAUUACGAUGCCGAUGCAUAUGCACGCCGUAAGGCUGAUUAUGGAGCGCAGAUACGAGCAGCUUCGAGCCGCCAAGUCGAGUGCGAAAGUGCAUUACAAAGCCACAGACAAAGAUCUGGCAACCUCAUCAACAACUACAACUCAGCUACCGCACAGCGUGAUACUCUCAACACCCAGAGUGGGAAGCAGGCAGGCGUGCUAACAAACCUUUCGCGCGAUACGGCGAAGGCCUGGGACUGGUUCCAACAAAACAGAGGUGACCUGAAUCUCAAAGGAGAUGUGUAUGGGCCACCAAUUCUGGAGUGUUCGAUUCGGGACCCUCGUUACGCAGAUGCUGUGGAGAGUCAAUUGAGGAAGGGCGAUUUCUUAGCGAUUACCUUUACGAACGCAGACGACCGGAAACUGGUUUCAGAUCGCUUCAUGGGCAGAGACCAUCUGGCUCUUCACGACAUCUACACACGUACAUCACCGAAGCCUCUCUCCGAAUACCAGCCUCCUAUUGCACCCGCCCAGUUACAGAACAUGGGGUUCGAGGGUUAUAUGAUCGAUUACAUCGAAGGUCCGGAUGCCGUGCUGGCUAUGCUUUGCGACAAUGCUCGUCUGAACCGCAUUGCUUAUGCCCCCAAACCAAUAUCUAACGCGCAGCAUGAGGCGGUUUCGAGCAGCCCAAUUCAGAAAUGGGUCAGUGGCAGAGACAUUUACCAGAUUACAACACGUAGGGAGUAUGGUGUUUCGUCUACCUCGGUCACACAGAUCAAACAGGCAAGGUGUUUCGUCGACCAGCCGGCUAACACUGAAGAGAAGCGGCAACUCGACGAAGCCAUCAAGCAGAUACAGCGAGAUACAGCGGAGCUGCAAGAGGAGAUGACAAAUUGCAAAGCAGAAAUUCGUGAAUCGAGACAGCAGGUGGAGGACUUGAAACGGGCGAGAGAUGAUGUGCAGGAGGAGGAGAAUCGCAUAAAGAGGGCCAUGGCCGAGUGGGAACUCUUGCCAGACAAGAUCAAAUGGAAGCAAAGAGAUCUUGACAAACUGAAACAAGAUAAUGCCGAAACCAGCAAUCGUAUACGUGCGAUCAAGACCGAUUCGCAGCAGGCCUCAUUGUCUCUUGCGAAAUUGACCAUCGACUAUGCCAAAACCGUUACUCAGCUACGGAUAUUCCACGAAUCGCUUGUUGAAGCACAGAUACGCUUGAUAGAAGCUACAUCAGAGUUCAACGCGCUCCAACAUGAGAACAGCGAAAUUUUGGAGAAGCUGCAGAGGAAGAAGGCUGAGAUUAAGGACAUGGACAAUCAUUUCAUGACACUUCGCAGAGAAUACAAGCGUCUGACGGAUGUUAUACAGGCGGAUCUGAACAGUCUACAGCCAGAAGAGAAGGCCAUGGUAUUGGAGUACCGGGAGCUGUCGUCGCUAGAGGCUCUUGAGCUUGAAGUUCAAGCUGUUUCCGCCCGGCUUGAUAUGAUGGUUGAGGGUAAUUCCGGCAUCAUCAAGGCUUUUGAGAAGCGCCAAGAAGACAUCAUCAAGACCCAAGACAAGCUUGAGGAGCAUACUGCCAGUCUCGAAGCCAUCAGGACACAAAUCGUAGAGAUCCGCUCUCAAUGGGAGCCUGAGCUCGACGCACUCGUUGCAAAGAUCAGUAAUGCGUUCGCGCACAACUUCGAGCAGAUUGGCUGCGCAGGCGAAGUCCAGGUCUACAAGGACGAGGAAGAUUUCGACAAGUGGUCCAUUCAGAUUUCAGUUCGGUUCCGUGAAGGCGAGACACUCUCGGUCCUCAACGCACACCGCCAGUCUGGUGGUGAGCGCGCCGUAUCAACCAUCUUUUAUCUCAUGGCUAUGCAGGACCUUGCACAAUCGCCGUUCCGUGUCGUCGACGAGAUCAAUCAAGGUAUGGACCCACGCAACGAGCGUAUGGUACAUGAGCGAAUGGUCGACAUUGCAUGCCAAGAGCGCACAAGUCAGUACUUUUUGGUGACGCCGAAACUGCUCACCGGACUGAAGUUUCAUCCGCGGAUGAAGGUUCACGUUAUCAAUAGCGGUGAACAUAUUCCAGACGCAGAGGCGGAGGGUACGUGGAACAUGAGGGAGUUUGCCAAGAUGGCACUGAGGGCCCGGAAGGGUAUUACGGUGCCUUAA